AUGUCUAGCUACGACUAUGACACAGACUCGUCCAUGUGGCCGUUCUUCGCGUUCACGGUCACAGCGAUCACGACGGUCCCAGCCACAUACUUCCUGCUCAAGGGUUCUAUAAACAACCCCUCGAAGCUGUUCCCCCGGGUUCAGACCGACUACAAGCCCAAACAUGCCGACCUCGUCGCCUCACAACGGGCCAAGGACAGGAAACAAAACAGGCGGGUGGGCCUGACGAUAUUUGUUGUCCUAGGCUGGGCCGUCAUGGCCUACACCCUGUAUCUCAUCCACUAUGUCGAGACGCCUGCAGUGCAGAGAGUGUGGAAUCCGUAUGAUAUCCUGGGCAUUUCCGAGUCCGCUACCGAGAAAGCCAUCAAGUCUACCUACAAGAAGCUGUCUCUGAGGUUCCACCCCGACAAGAUCAAGCCCGACCCGGCCAAGAAUGAGACAAUCGAGUCGCUGAACGAUCGCUACGUCGAGAUCUCCAAGGCAUACCAGGCGCUGACCGACGAGGAGGUGCGGAACAACUAUAUCCAGUAUGGCCACCCGGACGGAAGGCAGAGCAUGAGCAUCGGUAUCGCCCUGCCUAAGCUGAUGGUUUCGGAAGGCAACGGCAAGUAUGUGGUACUGGUCUACUUCCUGCUGUUUGGCGUCAUGCUUCCUUACUACGUCGGUUCCUGGUGGUACGGUACUCAACGGCGGUCCAAGGAGGGCAUCCUCAUGGAGAGCGCCAACAGCCUGUUCAAGGAGUACAAGAACGAUGUCGACGUUGGUGGCGUCAUCACCGCGCUGAGCACCGGAAAGGAAUUUGCUGCUGUUCUUAAGGGGGACAAGGCGGACGCCGGACUGUCGAAGAUCGAAUCGCGCAUCCUGGCUUCAGGCGAAGGGCAGUCCACUGCAGCAGGCCUCUCGACCAAGGAGAAGGAGACGCUGGAAGACCUCGAGAACGGAGUCAGGAGGAAGACCCUGGCACUGCUGUGGGCUUACCUAGGCCGCAUCGAACUGGAUGAUCCGACUCUGGAGAAACAAAAGUUCGAGGUUGCGCCCAUCGCCGAGUCGCUGGUCAAGUCUUUCACGGCCAUCGCGAUCGCGUUCGGAUUCACCGCCCCGAUUCUUGCCUCCUUCCACGCCAGCCAACGGCUUAUCCAAGCCCUGUCGCCUGUGGCCUCUCCUCUCCUGCAAUUGCCCUUCUUCACACCUGCUAUCGCCAAGGCUGUGGAUGGUGACUCGAAGGUGCCUACUACCUUGCAAAAGUUCAUGGACCAACCUGACUCCAAGCGACGAGAACUUGCCGUUGGCAAGGGUCUUCUCACUGAGGAGCAGUACAAGACCGCAGUCAGCGUCGCCAAGCAACUACCAUACCUGCGGGUCGCAAAGGCUUUCUUCAAGGUCACCGGCGAGCGCUUCAUCAUCCCAUCCUCCCUUGUUACUCUUGUUGUGAAGGGUCGUAUCAUCCCUCCCGGCUCUGAGAAUGUCCCUGAGGUUAACGAGCUUGACCUUAUCGACGUGGACCCAGCGGAAGAUGACUUGGAUGCGAUUCUCGGCAAGAAGAAGAAGACUGUCAAAGGUGCCGACGGAAAGCCAGUGCCUGUUGCAGGUGACGACAAGCCAAUCCUGCCAUCUCUGGCUUUCUCGCCGUACUUUGGUCGUGAGCACUCUCCUCGGUGGCACGUAUUCCUGUCAGACUCGAAGCAAGGCAAGAUGGCCGUGCCCCCUUUCACAUUCACCCAGUUCGACGCCCCAAUAUUCGAGGAAGACGGAAAGACGCCCACGUUCAACAUGGUCACGCUCAAGGCACAGUUUGCAGCACCACCACAGGCCGGUCACUACACCUUUGUCAUGCACGUGGCUUGUGACAGCUACGUGGGCUUCGAUACCAAGAUGGAGGUGACUCUUGUGGUGGAGGAAGCGAGCAAGGCUGCGGCGAUGGCGGCCGAGGACGAGAUUAGUGAACCAGAUGAGGAUUCCAUCGCUGGCAUAAUGAAUGCAGCCAAGGGCGGUGCACCACCGCCACCAAAGAAGAAGAAGCCUGCCGAGGACGAGUCCGACGAGGAGAGCGGUACUGAGGAGGAAGAGGAAGACACAAGUGCGACUAAUACAGAUACAGAGCCAGAGGAUGAGAAGUGA